UGGCCUCAACGUGAGACGGCGACCGGUCGCGUCAUGCGCCUUGACAGUUGAUAGUUGAUAAACUAACGGUGACAGUGACAGUUCUGCAGUGCGCCAUGGCGGUGACCGUGGCUUUUCUCUCCCUGAUACUCAUAACGACUCAGCCUGUCCGCUCGGAGGAGUCCUUCAUGAACACCUUCUUAUCAGGUCUGCUGGAGACGCUGGACACGCAAGUUGAUGCCAAAAACUGCCCUGGUGUCUGCAUGCAUAGCGUAGCCGCCUUCAUUUGCUCCAGUGUGCUCGAAGAGAUCACGUGCCCCAGCCCUAAUAUGAAGUGCUGCGUGGAUGAGCCGAUUGGAAACGACACGAUGAUAACGACAAACAAACCAUUUACAACACGCUACACAACAACCGAAUCAGAAUCAGAGGAAGAAGAAUUUACAACAAAACCGCCGAACGACAAAUACAAAGACAGUGGUAAUAUAGCCUGCCCUGGUAUAUGUGUUGCGUCUCAUCUGAGCCAUUAUUGCGAGGCGUAUCUCACGUCUAGUGGUCUUUGCGUGUCUGGCAGAUCGUGUUGUGUAUCUCAAGAUGGAUUCGGUGAUAGAAGACCACCAGAUCUGGUAGUUCCUGCUGAAAAUAGGUAUUCUACAAAGCGCCCUAUAACUACGCUAACAACUACACCGCCUCCAAAACAGAAGCCUGGUCGGAAAUGUCGCGGAGAAUGCGUAACUGGAUUUUUUUAUCUACUCUGUGCGAACGUGGAUGAAGAUGCCUCAUGUCCGGCUGACGAGAGUUGCUGUCUCAGCGACUCCACCACGGAAGUCGCAACCAGGCGGCCGCAUACAACGCCAAGGCCAACGACACCAGCGCCACUGCCAAGAUGUCCAGGCCAUUGUAUAAUAAAUUUAAUCAGAAGUCUCUGCGAGCGCCCGGCUGUUCUGAUUCCUAACACCAAUUGUAAACUGUCUGGCACCGUCUGUUGUGACAACACAAGAAUACCACCACGUACUACAACACGGCCCACCACAACAACUACGACAACGACGACGACACCAGCGCCCAUCGAUCCCCGCCCAGACUGUCCCGGUUCUUGCAUCGUCUCCUUGCUGUCAUUUACGUGUUUCCGUAACGCAGAAUUGACAGAUGUAUUCAAGUGUAAGAAGGCAGGCACGCAGUGUUGCGCGCCAAAAUCGAAGGUUCUGGAAGCGAUCGGCGUCAAUCGUAACGAUUCCUUCCCAUUGGCUACUACGCACACAUACACACCGCAUACACAUACUGUGGCACACACGUUACCAUAUACAUCGCCUCUACCUCAAUACGAACCCAACUACGCGACAACUCUUAGAACUCCAGAGAAAUACAACAAAUAUGUCUGCGGUGUCAAAGGCACGUCGUCUCGAGCCGGGCGCGUGAUGGGCGGCGAGGACGGCGAGCGCGGCGAGUGGUGCUGGCAGGUGGCGCUCAUCAACUCCCUCAACCAGUACCUGUGCGGCGCCGCGCUCGUGGGCACGCAGUGGGUGCUCACCGCCGCGCACUGUGUUACAAAUAUUGUUCGCUCCGGUGAUGCCAUCUACGUGCGAGUUGGAGACCACGACUUGACCCGGAAAUACGGGUCACCGGGCGCGCAGACGCUCCGUGUAGCCACCACCUACAUUCACCACAACCAUAACAGUCAGACCUUGGACAACGAUAUCGCACUGCUCAAACUCCAUGGAAAAGCUGAACUUAAAGAAGGCGUGUGCUUGGUGUGUCUGCCGGCGCGCGGGGUGAGCCACGCGGCGGGGAAGCGCUGCACGGUGACCGGCUACGGAUACAUGGGAGAAACGGGUCCGAUACCACUGCGCGUGCGCGAAGCGGAGUUGCCGAUUGUCAGCGACGCGGAGUGCAUCCGCAAAGUGAACGCGGUCACCGAGAAGAUAUUCAUACUGCCUGCGAGCUCGUUCUGCGCCGGGGGUGAGGAAGGGAAUGACGCGUGUCAGGGUGACGGCGGUGGUCCGCUAGUAUGUCAAGACGAUGGCUUCUACGAAUUAGUCGGACUUGUGUCUUGGGGCUUCGGUUGUGGACGACGCGACGUGCCUGGUGUAUACGUAAAAGUAUCCGCAUUUAUUGGUUGGAUUAACCAAAUUAUAUCUGUCAAUAAUCUUUAACAUAUUCAAAAACUCGUAAAAUGAAGUGGACAAUCUCUUUGAAUUCGACAAUUUUGUAGCCUUAGGGGAUGGAGCCGCCUGAUCCUCUUGGGCUAU